CCGUCUCACUCGCCCGCGGCGGUUGCUCACGCCGCUGCCAAUCCGUCACCUGCGUCAUGGCGGACAGCGCGAGUGAGAGCGACACAGACGGCGCGAGUAGCGCCAUGACGGCUGCCCCGCCACCACCAAACCCCUCCUGCUUCUCCGUAGCGACUGUAGCUGCAGCCGCCGGGCCGACCUCCGGCAAGCCGGGGGUGGUCAUCUCUCCGUUCCGCCUGGAGGAGCUCACAAACCGGUUGGCCUCGCUGCAGCAGGAGAACAAGGUGCUCAAGAUCGAGCUGGAGACGUUCAAGUUGAAGUGCAAAGCGCUGCAGGAGGAGAACCGGGACCUGCGCAAAGCCAGCGUCACCAUCCAAGCAAGAGCAGAACAAGAGGAGGAGUUCAUUAGCAACACUUUGUUCAAGAAGAUUCAGGCACUUCAGAAGGAAAAGGAAACCCUAGCAGUCAAUUAUGAAAAGGAGGAAGAAUUUCUCACAAAUGAACUCUCACGGAAACUUAUGCAAUUGCAACAUGAAAAAGCAGAGCUGGAACAACAUUUAGAACAAGAGCAAGAGUUUCAGGUGAACAAGUUAAUGAAGAAGAUCAAGAGGCUUGAAAAUGACACAAUAUCAAAGCAGCUCACGCUGGAGCAGCUAAGGCGAGAGAAGAUUGACCUGGAAAACACAUUAGAACAAGAACAAGAAGCUCUGGUCAAUCGACUCUGGAAGCGAAUGGACAAGCUAGAGGCAGAGAAAAGGAUUCUCCAGGAGAAGCUGGACCAGCCUGUUUCUGCCCCGUCAUCACCACGAGACAUCUCCAUGGAGAUUGACUCACCAGAAAACAUGAUGCGCCACAUCCGGUUCCUGAAGAAUGAGGUUGAGAGGUUAAAGAAGAAUCUGCGGACUGCUGAACUGCAGCACACCGAGAAACGGGCCCAGUAUAUCGAAGAGGAGCGCCACAUGCGUGAGGAGAACAUCCGCCUGCAGAGGAAACUGCAGCGGGAGAUGGAGCGAAGGGAGGCACUUUGCCGUCAGCUGUCCGAGAGUGAAUCCAGCCUUGAGAUGGAUGAUGAGAGGUAUUUCAACGAGAUGUCUGCACAGGGCCUUCGUCCUCGAACUGUGUCGAGUCCAAUACCAUACACUCCAUCCCCAUCUUCAAGCAGGCCUAUUUCACCUGGCCUUUCAUAUGCAGGUCACACAGUGGGGUUUACUCCUCCACCUACGCUGACCAGAGCAGGAAUGUCUUAUUACAACGCACCAGGCCUUCACGUUCACGUGGGCUCCUCGCAUGGCAUUACGAGGCCAUCUCCACGGAGGAGCAACAGCCCAGAUAAAUUCAAGCGUCCAACGCCUCCACCAUCCCCAAACACACAGUCUGGGGCACAUGCCCCGCCCCCACCUCCCCCGCCUGUGCAGCCAGCAGUCUCUCCUCACUCCUUGCAAGCAGCUCCUCCAUAGCACUCCGUUUAUCUUCCCUUUCAGCACUAUCACCUGAGCCCUGCCAUGUGGGUCUGAUGGGGCAAGUUACCAAAAAAAAGCCAAUAUUUUACUGGAGACAUUAAGAGUUGAACUACAUGGAGAAAGUUUAUGUGGGCUGCUCCAUACGCCAUGUUGUAAAUGUUUAAAAAAGGUGGGGGACAUGUUAAGCACUACCAAAUUAUGCUCACAGCUAAUUCUUGUGCAUUUGUUCACAGAGCCACAUGUUAAAUCCUUUUGUUUCUUCUUUUUCUUAACUGUUUGCAACUCAGUUUGUAUGAUACAGAUUUUUAUGAUGCAGAGAUUAUAUUGCUAAAUGUUGUACUGCUUAACUUCAAAGGCUCCCAGGUUUAAUCUGACAAAGGGAUCUGGGAUGUGUCUCCCUCAACGUUGCACUGGUCUGGUAUUGAAACCAAAUGGGCACACCGAAGGUCUAGGGCCUGGUAUUGUAUUAGAAAUAUGCAGACGGAUGCUGGCUUUCAGUGCCUGUUUCAGUAUUCUGAAACUGUACAAUCACUUGUUCCACUUUCCACACUUCCCUUUCAAUAGGGGGCUGAUCAUCUUUUGUGUAAAAGUACAGUUGAAUCAUAAACUUGUGUCAUGUGGUAGCAUAGUAUUGAGCGAAAUUUGUGGAAUUAUUGUGACAUCUUGCAAAACUGACAUUUUUAGGUGUGAAAAUUUUAGGGUUUUUGUACUCAGUAUCCAACUAUGUGAUUAAAGAACUUUUUAGAUUUGAUUUUUGCCUACAAAGAUCAAAUACAGUGUGCCAUAUGUUCAAUCAUUAAGUUACUGUUUGAAGUGUUUUGAGAAAUGUUGAGGUUUGUGUGUCUUUAUACGUGUCCCUCUAAAUCAGAGAUAUUUAUGGUUUUGUUCCAAGGACAGGAAAGCGUACAGUUGUAACAGUAUUUUAUCCUGAGAAGGUAUGAUAGGCUGUCAGUUAUACAUACUGCCAUUUGUAACAAUUUUAAGAAAUUGGUUGCAUGACAAAUCUGUAACCUGAAGUUUACCAGUUCCUGGAAUGGGUCCUGUUGUUAGAUCCUGAAUUACAGUUUACCCAAAUUUCUUCAGUUUGUGUCCAGCUAUAAUGUAAACAUUGGUAGAAUUGUAAUUCAUUUUUGUAUAAAGUGUUGACAAAGCCUUGUUGUUGUUGUUGUUGAAUUGGUGGUAGCUGUAGAAGUAGAUAGACAAUAUAACAAUCAUAAUAAAUUGGACUUGUAAGCUCAGAUCUUGGGCUUAAAUCCAAAGAGGUACCCCAGUUUUUCAACCUUGAAAAAGGUACUCCAUUUGAUAUUCAGUUUUGUAAGUUUGAUUAUAAUUGUGACCAGGUUAAUGAAAUCUUCAGGAAAGUGAAUAAUAAAAACUUGAAGCAUAUUUUAGAGGGAAAAUACAGGGUUUAUAGUUUCCCCUAAGCAAUGGGAUAUUCAGGUCAAAAUGGAUUAUGGGAAAAUCAGCAUCAUGAAUAUUUCUGGAUUUAACACACUUCUGAAAAUAUGACAUUUCUGGUUGACACCCAUUGCCUGUGUAAUUUGCUUAGGUUUGUUGCUUUGGGUUUCACAUCAGCGAUAGUCCUGUGUCUGCUACUGCUACCACUGUAAUUUAGUAAGAGGUUAUAGAAUAUCUCCAUAAUCAUAACAUAGGAGGGGCAUUAUUGCAGUAAAUGUAUUCCCUGCAAUGAUUGCAUGAAAGAACAGAGCAGUACUGCAUUAUGACAAAUACAUAUUUUUAAGCUUU